CCCCCCCAAGUACCAUGCCGAUGCGGCGCGCUCUCGACCUCACCCGCGCCGCCAUGCCGCCGCGGCGCUGGCCGGCGGCGCCGCCUCCCGCCCGCGCCUUCUCCGCGGCCGCGCCGUCCGCCAAAACCACCGUGCAGCUCGCCCACCUCGCGCACCUCCCUUUCUCCCUCCCGCCGCCGUCGCACUGCACCGUCACCCCGCCCAUCCAGCCCUGGCCGCGCCGCCUCACCCCCCGGAGCUUCUCCCGCCUCCUCCUCCGCCUCCCGACCCCGCAGCUCGCCGUGCUCGCCUUCCGCCACGCGCUCUUCCGCGCCACGCCCCCCCUGCCCCCGUCCAUCCCCGUCUUCGCCGCGGUACUCUCCCGCCUCGCCGGCGCGCCCCCGGACCUCCUGCCGCCCGUCCUCUCCGCCCUCCGCGCCGCCCGCCUCCCGGCCUUCUGCGACCGCGCCUUCCUGCCCCUCCUCCGCGCGCUGCCGCCGCUCCCCUCCCUCCGCCUCUUCCUCUCCCUCCCGUCCUUCAACUCCCACCCCUCCGUGCGCUCCUUCAACGCCCUCCUCCACUCCCUCGUCGCCGCGCGCCGCCUCCGUCUCGCCGCCGCCCUCUUCCGCGCCGCGCCCACCAAGCUCUACAUCACGCCCGAUCUCGUCUCCUGCAACAUCCUGCUCGAGGGGCUCGUCGGCGUCCGCGACCUCGACGCCGCCCUCAAGGUACUCGAUGAAAUGCCCGGGUGGGGGAUCGUCCCUGAUGUCGUCACCUACACGACGGUUCUCUCCGCAUACUGUGCCAAGGAGGAUCUCAAGGGCGCGCAGAAGCUAUUCGAUGAUAUAAUUGCCGGUGGGUGCGUGCCAGAUGUUACGAUGUACACGGUGCUCAUCGAUGGGUACUGCCGGACCGGGAAGAUACAGGAUGCAGCUAGGAUUAUGGACGAGAUGGAGGCAGCUGGGGUGCAUCCCAAUGAGGUUACGUAUUCAGUCGUGAUCGAGGCAUGCUGCAAGGAGGGGAAAUCUGCCGAGGCGUGCAAUCUAAUGCGCGAGAUGCUUGGGGCAGGACACACGCCAGACACACCACUGGCUGCCAAGGUGGUUGAUGUGAUGUGCCAGGACGGAAAAGCAGAGGAAGCGCACCAAAUGUGGAAAUGGAAGGUGAAGAAGAACGUCCCACCAGAUAACACAAUCACGAACACAUUGAUCUACUGGUUAUGCAAGAGUGGAAUGGUUCGGGAGGCAAGGAAGCUGUUUGAUGAGCUCGAGAAGGGGUACAAGCCAAGCUUACUGACUUAUAAUUCGCUUAUUUCUGGAUUAUCUGAAAAUGGGGAGUUACAAGAGACCGGGAAGGUGUGGGAUGACAUGGUUGAACGGGGAUACGCGCCAAAUGCCAUGACUUAUGAGGCCUUGAUCAAGGGAUUUUGCAAGAUUGGGAAGCCAGAUGAAGGGGCUGCAGUAUUUACGGAGAUGGUGACCCAUGGGUGCACCCCAAGCAAGGUUCUUUACCAUGUUUUGGUCGAUAGCCUUUCUGAGCCAAUGCAUGACGAUAUUGUUGGCAAAAUUGUUCAAACUGCUGCCUUAAGUGGUGGGGAUUUCUUGGAUGGUGAUUCUUGGGAGAUCUUUAUCAGGAGAGUGUUAGAUACUAAGAGUGAUACUUGGAACAAGCAUCUCAAUUCAGUGCUAAAUACAUAACCAUGAGGUCUGCUGUUCAGACAGGUUGAAAGCCCAAAACUGACCAUUUUAUUCUGAAUAAAUUUCUCAAGGAAGUUGAUGCCUUGAUGGCACCAGUCUUCAACUGUAACUUCUCUGAAAAAUUCUUCCACUGAAACUAACACCAUCAAUAGCACAUUGAUCUAUUGCUUGUGUAAGAUUGGAAUGGCUGUGGCGGUGAUAAGGCUGUUUGAUGAGCUCAUGGAGGGGUCCACAUCAAGGUUGUGACUUACAACACACUUACUUUCAUAUUAUGUGAAAACAGAGUUACAGGAGGCUUGGGUCAUGUGAAAACGUUCAGAUUACGUUGCAAGAACAAGGUUGGAGAAUAUUUGAGGAACUGGAGCUGCUAACUGUUAGCAACAAAACUUUCUGGAUGAAUAGUGUAGGGUUAAAUGGUGUUCUUGGUUGCUGAACUAAGAUCUUCCUGGGACAUUGUUACUCUGUAUUCAGUUCUCAUUUGCCUUGUCAUUGCCUCUGCAACUCAGAUCUUCCUGGGAUAUUGUAUUUCAGUCCAUGGCUUGCCCUAUAUUGAAGUACUUUGUGAGAGAACUUCAGUGCUCCAAGUCAACAUGUAACUCAGUAUGUGCUCAUCCCCAUCGUCACUGGUGCAGACUGCUGGGCUGUGGUUAGGGAAGCGAAAGACAACGGAGAGGAAGAUGGUGAUGAUUCUGGCGACCAUUUAGAGUUAUCUCUGACGGUAUUGUUGUUGAUGAUGAUGCGAGUGUAUUGCUCUUUGUUUUGUGAAAUAUAUGUGAUAAAAAGGACCCUGGUGAUCAGAAGCACGUAUAUGAGUCUGCUCCUUGUCAGCAGCUCAGCUCUUGCUCCAACCAGAUGAAUUGCUCUUGUAAACUAUGUCAUAGAAGCUUCCCACGGAUUUAUCUCAACUACAGGAGGAAUUGAGCGAGUCAUGUCCAUCACCUCCGGCUCCGAUAGUCUGAUGCCUGCUCAAGUGCGCAUGGGCUGUCCAGCGGCAACUCCACGGCGGCAGUUCAUGUCCGACAAGAACCGCUCGAAAGCUGACCGUGACGAGCCACUGGAGGCGCCUUUCUUGUGAACGGACACUCGCUCCCGGAGUUAUCUCUUACACUACACAGUUUCCAUCUAAUUACACAAGUUGCUUUUGUACCUGAGCCGGCUAGGACAAAAUGUUGUAUUGCUAUUGUUUUUGAGAUUAGCCGCCCAAAGAGGGGAAUGAAAGAGGCAUGCUUCGGUGGAUCGGCUUGCAUAGAUUGGUCGGUGAUGAUACGCCUCUUUGGACCGGCAGCGGUGGUUUGAUUCAGAUGGAUGUUCGCGGAAACGUCCCGACAUAAAAACGGACAUUUGUGGUGUCCAUUUACUGGUCAGUGUUGGAGAUGCCUAAGUUGCAAAAUAAAUUUGUGUUCUCUUUUUGGGCAAAGUAAUAUUAUGGUGUGUGGAUGUUGCCGUAUUUUUUGGAACUUUUCCACCUUUUGAGGUCUAGCGCACUUGCACAUCUAAUUAGCGUGUCCAGGUAGACAAGAUCACGAAAAGACUAAAAGAAAUGCUUGCAUGAUUGAUCAUGAUUCAAUUUGUGUUGAUGUACCA